CUCCACAUGUUCAAAAAGAAUAGUAAAAGAGAGAGAAGACUUGAAAGUCAUAAAAUGAGAGCGAGUGGCAACAAAAACCACAACAAAACAAAACCAAGCAAAACAUAAUCAAUCCCCUCCUUGUCAAAACCUUCUUCUCCAAUCAUCUUUCUAUACUUCUCCACCCUGAAACCAACCCUUGCCUUCUCUCUCUCUCUCUCUCUCUCUCUCUCUCUCUCUCUCAGGGCUAAAUGGAGAUCACCUCUAGAGCUCAAGAGAGACAGAACCCAUCUCCCACAACCUCCCCAAACAGCAACACCAAUGGAGUAAUCCACAUUCAAACCCGACCACUUGCCCCAAAACCCAUCUCUAGACCCGAAACCAUUUCCUACCCAACAACUUUCAUCCGAGCAGACACCACCUCAUUCAAGCAACUAGUCCAGACUCUCACCGGUACUCCCCGAACUGGCAAACAAGCAUCAUCCAAACACUCGAGUUCCAUACCCCCGGUGAAAACAGGGCAGAAGAAACAGAGUAGCUCCAAGCUUUACGAAAGAAGGAGCAAUCUGAAAAACGGGCUCAUGAUCAGCCCAAUGGGUCAGGAUUCCGGGGCUUUGAGCGGAAAAGACAAGACGUUGUCGCCGGGUGUGCAUGAUUUUCCUUUGUUAGCUCUUAGCCCUGGGACGCCGUUAGUUGAAUACCCAUUCGGAAAGUCGUCUUCAUCUUUUGAGGGGAAUUCGUCGUCAGUGGAGGAAGAGAAGGCGAUUGCUGAAAAAGGGUUUUAUUUGCACCCGUCGCCGAGGACUAGUACUCUGAAAGAGUCGGAGCCUCUGCUUUUGCCUCUGUUUCCGGUGACUUCGCCAAGGGGUUUUUUCUGAUUCUUCCUAUUGAAAAUUUAGGCUAGCUAGUAACCCAAAAAAAAAAAAAAUAGGCUAGCUACAAUCACAAACGCUUGUGCCGAUAAUUGUACAAACUCUCACCGGAGUUUGUAGGCCAACUACCCAUAUGUGGGCUCCGCAGACGGCAGACCAAAGAGUUUGUACGACUGUUACUGCAAGUAUUAGUGCCUAAAUUUGGAAUAGUAGAUUGUUUUGACCAUUUUUUUGUUUACCAUUCGAUGAUGACAUUUAUACGGUAAAUUCCCUUGUAUUUUUGGAGAAAUGGUGGUGUGAAGGGUGGGUGCUGUACUCUUUGAACGAACCUCAUCUUCGCACUCUGCAUUAUCAGUGUGUAUGAAUUUCACACAUCAUACUGUGUUUGGUGUAAAAUUACCAUAUGUUUAUGUGACCAACUUUGUGAGAUCGCCAA